AUGUCAUUGGUCAACUUCCACUCUCUUCAUCAGCCUUUUUCCUACACCACUCUGGCCCGAGCAGCUACUCUUCCGACAAAAUCCGAGGUUUCUAUUGCUAAAGAUCGACUGCAGCAGCUGACCGGUCACCUCAUGAGGAGCCAUACAACCUGGUCUAAGAUCGUCGAGAAGUUCCUAAGCAAGGACGAGAAAACCGGUAGCGAACCUACCAAGUCGAACAUGCCCGAAGAAGCGACUAAGGAGCCGGCUGCUGAUAUGAUCAAAUCUCCCGGUAUGACGAGUAUUGAUAAGGUGGUUGAGGACACAAAGAAUCAACUUCCGCCUUGGCCGUCACCAGUACCAACACCACACAAAGAUUUUGUGCAUUCUAAUCCUCCGGAACCUCCUGAAUACCGCAAGUUUACUGUCUUUACGGCUGGCAGCAUAGAGAUGGGUGGUGCAGUCAACUGGCAGCCCUUAAUGGCAACCAUGCUCCAUCACUUGCCUAUCACUGUGUGCAAUCCUCGAAAAGGCUCCUGGGAUCAAAGCAUUAAGCAGCAAGCCAAGGACGAACUCUUCAAACAACAAGUUGUAUGGGAGCUAGAUGCGUUAGAACAAGCAGAUGUUAUCUGUUUCUUCUUCGAUACCGAGACCAAGAGCCCAGUGUCCCUGCUUGAGCUAGGUGUCUGGGCUGCGUCCGAUAAGGUUGUCGUUUGCUGCGGCGAUGCAUACUGGAAAUCAGGAAACGUCCACCUCACAUGUGAUAGAUACGGUGUUCCAUGUGUCAAGAACUUCACAGACUUGGUACCCUUGGUUGAGGAGAUGCUCAAGAAGAAGGGCAUGGAGCUUGACAACAAUGGCGACUUGAUCGGAGAAAACUUGCACGUACCCAAAGAAAAGCCGAAGAAGAAAACACAGCUCGAGGCUGAGAAAACACAGCUCGAGGCUGAGAAAACACAGCUUGAAGCAGAGAAAGCUGAGUUGCAGAAGCAAGUGGAUGAUCUGCGAGCUAAGCUGGCGGCACAGCCUAAGAUAUGA